AUGGACCACAUAUCCACGGUAGGUGUUCCUGAUGGCGACCCAGACUUUGAAGCUGGCUCCCACACCCCCACACCUUCCACUCAAAUGGCACAAGUCACAAGUCGGAGGAAAGCUGGCUGUCGGACCAAACUGACAAUGAGAAACCAGCUCUGUGCCCUUAGCACAGUAGGAAUCGCUCCUUCCGGCCUCGCGCUCGGUCGCGUCGAACGAACCAAGUCGGGCCUCUUUCGCCGCAAAACAUUCUCUUACAAUCACGCUGCCCUUCCUUCAGAAUCUUUACCCACGUCCACCCCGACCCGGCCGAAGACCUCACGAUCCAACCGUCCGGUGACCGCCGCCUCCGACUGGUCGCAUUUCGCAGCGCAAGUGUCGGAGAAGCUGGAUGGCUUCCCGCCAGAUGGAUUGCCAGGCCCAGACCUGCCCAGGGCGUCCAUGUCCUUCAGCGCCGCCAGGCGACGUCGGCGCGGGCAAACCAUGAGCAAUCCACCUUUACGAAUCCCCGAAGAAACCUCUGCCGAAUCAUCACUGACCCGAGAAUCUCACCAUCGCCGGCCCUCGUCGAGUUGGCUGCGACGCCUGUCGCUGGCGUCCUUUCAAACGGAAACGCCGUCCACCACAAGUCCCGUCACCCCCUCCUUCAAUGGGUCGGCCAGUCCAAUCCUCCCACGUCCUUCCAGUUCACGCCGAAUGCCCAAUAAGCUUGUCAAGCGCUCGUCCUCGCAACAUUCUAAUGCUAAUCCCCUCUUUGUGAAUACCCCGGUGUCACCGGCGUCAGCCCUUCGCAGGCCAGCCACAAGCCAUCAACGAUCCGAGUCUCAGCGGCUGCAGUCGCCUCUCGCAGUCGACUUUGCGUCUCGAUUCCCUCAGAGUUCACUCGUCGACGACCUGGAAGCCGAGGACUUUGACGUACACCAGCAAUCCGACUGGAAGCCUUACUUGGUGCCACGGACGGAGGAAGUGUCUGACAAGACGGCGCGCAGAUUAUCCACGGCAGCCAGUCCACGGUCCGCAGGUGUGCGGCGGAUCGCUUUUGAUACUGAUGCGCUUCCAGCUUUGGUACUGGCUUCCACGCUCACGUCGGAAUCGUCGCCGCCUCCACAGGAGUAUCAAUCAGUAAUGCCGGCUCCAGUGUUUCGAAAUCCAUUUGGCGCUGAAUUGACCACUGUGAUCAGUCACGCAGAGGAUAAUAUCACCCCCCUCCUUCUUCUGCCGACAUCCCCUCCGGAUAGCAAAGAAGCGGCGCGCAAGCCCCCGCCCCUGGUGAAAGAAGCGGAUUCGAGAAGGGUCAUUGUGAACACGGUCACAGCGUCCGGGACACCCAUUCCUGGCCGGUCUCGGGCUGGUUCCUUGAAAAGGGUCAAGGGGAGAACGUUUUCGAUCCCUCGAACGGAGAUGCUGAAGCUGCGAAGUAUGGUGCCCAGCCCGCCACAGGCACCGUCACGCCGUAAUAUCACCGAUCCCUCUGUCUUUCGCCGCCCAUAUCCACUGUCGCCCCCACCGCUGGCCGUGCCUGUGUUUGGUCGUGAUCCGUUGAUGGCCCAGCGUUCCGUCUCGUACGAUUACAACGUUGGCAUGCGCACGCAACGUUCUCUCACGUCGGAUGCAGUCGCUGUGUCGGCGUGGCAGCAUUCGACGCGUCCAGAUAGCUACACUUACAGUUCCCUUCGUCGCCUGGAGAAUCGGCAUUCCAUCGCCGCGUCAGUGCCUUCGUCAACCGUCAUCGGAUCAGACGAUACGCGUAUCUUCACUUCCAGUGAUGAAUGCGAGACCGAUACCAUGACGGAUUAUUGGGAUUCGAUCCAGACCCGGGGCACAGGUCGCGGAGGACUCAAAGGGCUCCAUAUCGAGUCGUUGUUUGACAAGGAAGGAGCGCGGCUCACGAACGAGGAAGUCGCGACUCUCGAGGAUCUUCUGCCAAAUGGCUCGUUUGCCUCUCGGUUGUACCCAGAUACCCCUCUCUUCCCCAACUCGCUUGUUCCUGCCGUGGCUCAGGUGCAUCUCAAUGAUGACUCUUGGGUGUCCGAUGCCGGAACGGAGAAUGCAAGCAUGAUCGGGGCCCUUCCUGGUGAGCCCAAUGGACCUCCCCUACUGUCUCGUCGAUACGGUAGUCGGGGGUUAUCCGGGCACAAUCCCUCUCAAUUCAUGCUUUCCGAACCAGACCCUGGAUCCCCCGUGGCCGAGUCAUUCACGAGUCAAAAAAUGAAUAUCUUUGACUGGUCUGAGCAAGGUCGCCUCGACCGUGAUUCAGCUGACACGGAAGCGCGCCCGCGGACUAUGCAGGGUAAGCAAAGUGCCGUCAACCGGGGCAGUCGUGCAGCCUGUCGAAAGGUCCCCUCUUCGAUCCAUCUUCGCAGCCAGAGCGUGCCGGUGGCCCGGGAGCUACCCGUAAGUGAAUCUCGGCAGCCUUCUGGCAAGUUCGGCACAUGGGGCUUAGGGUCCAAGGGUGUCAGUGAGGACUGGGACAGCGACUUUGAGUUUGAAGACGGUGAAGAGCCCACGGCGAGUAACGACUCCCAGAGCACCGAGCCCGAGACAUCCACCCAGGGCAUGAUGGUGCCCAAGGCCAUUCUGGAGCGCCAGGCCAGUCUGCGUGGUCAGUUUGGUCAAGUGCAAGAACUCACAUUGCUUGUGGAGGAGUUGAAGCGACUCCGUCAUCAAGCGAGCGGUCUGAAUAUUCUGUCGGGCUCGUCGAGUGAAUUGUGGCAGGAGGCAGAGGGCAUUGUCAACCUCGCGACGAUAGACGACGAGGACGAACAACAUUCCCCACCUGGAUCGCCCUCUUCACUGACAUUCAGUUUCGAUGAUUCUGAGUAUGACGGUAAUCGCACCCAUUCCAAACGAACGAGUGACAAUUCCUGGCCAGAAGACCAUGAUCAACCGGGCACUCGGGCGCAAACCACCCCAUCCAAGCAGCGCCACGACAGUCAUCCAGAUGAUUCCUGGCAACUUGGUGCUCCCUAUGGCGCUCAAGCCGACGAAUCGACACCAUCAUAUCUUGUUAAAAAUUCCCCACGAUCCAAGUCUGUUCUUGACAUUCUCUCAGCCACCCGCCAAAGUAACGACGAUUCUUUGGCGCCGUCCCCGCGCACGCAAAAACUUCCUUUUGAUACCCAAUCUCUUCGCGACCUUGUAAUUCGGGCCGGAGUUGUCACACGCGCUUUGAAAGAUGUUAUUCGCAAAGCCGAAGGUGUCGACUCGAGUCCACCAACCGACUUCCCGGCCGACCCUCCCUUUAGAAGAAUAUUCGAUCAACCUUCUCAUGAUGACCUCGCCGAUUUCGAACUUGCCUUGGCGGAGAUGCAAUGA